GAUAAUCUCCGGGACGCUUCUUUCUGCUCGUUCCAUCGCCUUCCUUUAGCUCCUCUCUAGUCCCCCCCAAGGGCCGGUUCGGCGUCUUCCUCCCCCAAGAUUUUUCUGUCUGGACGCCCCUCCUACUACGCCGACCUUCCCUUCCCCUCUUCCUCCCCCUCCACCCCUCUUCGCUUUUCACUCCAAACACUUAUCCGUGGAGAGUCUUUGCGGAUGCUGCCCCGCGACUGAGGGUAUCCGGUACUUACUCUGCAGCCCCCGACAAAUUACCUCCUCCAAUUUACCAUAAUAUACACGAGAUGAAUUAUCCUCCGCAACAGGGUCAGGGUCGUGGUCAGCCACGCCUGGGGGCGACCUGGUAUCCAGGGGGGCAGGAUGACUUUUACAUGCCAGAGGUCAUCUCCCCCUCCCCUCAAAGGGUCAUGCCCGAGGUCCCCGAGAAUAUGCAAGACAACAUCGCGCAGAUGGAACACCGCGCCUAUGACCCCCGCCGCGCCCAGCCACAGUCGCCCGCGCAAUACGCUCCCCGGACCCAGUUUCCAGAGCGCACCUCUUCUGCGGUUCAGAGCCAACCCCAGCAAGCCCAGGCUCACGAUCACGGCGCCUACGCGCAGUCCGCGACUUAUGAUAGCAUGGACCAUCCUAAUUUCUCCCCGUUCCCCGUUUUGCGGAACCCUCCGCCCAAUGUCCCGCCCACCGAUGAGCAGCGCGAAGCGAAUCUUGAACGCGCCCGCAUGGCCGUUCUGUCUACCACCGACCCGGAGAUGCAAUUGGCAUGGGCACAGGAUGCGCUCGCCUUUGUCGAGGUCGCUGCGCAGAACGAGGCUCGUUUGUCGACCACCCAACCCCCGCGCCCUCACACGCCCCAGGUGGAGCGUCAGCUGCGCACGGAUGCGAUGAAUAUAGUCAAUUUUUUGGCCGGGCAGCAGCACCCCAAAGCCGAGUUUAUCAAGGGAAUGUGGCUGGAGUUUGGCAAGUUUGGGUAUCGCGUCGACCGGAAGGAAGCAUUCCGCUCUUAUACGCGGGCGGCGGAGAAGGGAUAUGCGCGCGCCGAGUAUCGCAUUGGUAUGCAGUUUGAAAGCUCUGGAGAGCCGGAGAAGGCCAUUCGACACUAUGAGCGCGGUGUUUCAAUGUCGGAUUCUGCCUCGUACUACCGUCUGGGGAUGAUGAUUCUCCUCGGACAGCAUGGCCAGCGUCAGGACUAUCGGAGAGGGUUGGAGUAUAUAAGAUUGGCCGCGCAAUCCUGCGACCAGAACGCGCCACAGGGUGCCUAUGUCUACGGUAUGCUCUUGGCCGGUGAGCUGCCUCAAGUUAGCGUUCCCGAGCCUUACCUCACUCCCGAUCUUAACAUUGCCCGUGUCAACAUCGAAAAAGCUGCAUACCAUGGAUUCGCCAAGGCCCAGGUCAAAAUGGGUGCUGCAUACGAGCUUUGUCAGCUGCAAUGUGAUUUCAACCCCGCGCUGUCCUUGCAUUACAAUGCGCUCGCCGCCCGCCAGGGCGAACCGGAAGCUGAGAUGGCCAUUAGCAAAUGGUUCCUUUGUGGACACGAGGGUGUCUUUGAGAAGAAUGACGAGCUGGCAUUCACGUAUGCUCAACGGGCAGCACAAAGUGGUCUCCCCACCGCCGAAUUCGCCUUGGGCUACUUCUAUGAGGUCGGUAUCUUUGUUCCCGUUGAUAUUAGGGAAGCUCGGAGCUGGUAUGCCAAAUCCGCUGCUAGCGGCAACAAAGAUGCGUCCUCGCGCAUUGAUAGCAUCUCGCGAUCAAAGACUUUGUCCAGGAAAGAUCACGAAAAGGUUGCCAUUUCUCGUAUAAAGUCGACCCGUUAUGCCCACCAGCGUGGUAAUUCGUUGGAAUCAACUCCCGAGAACAUUGAGAUGCCCGACCCUUCACGCAUGAGCCUCAACGACCAACCCCCCGCCGCCGCUCCCUACCCUGAUCGAGUGGGCUCUGCUCGUCCUCGCCCCCCCGGCCAGCAGAACUACCAAAUGCCUGAUCCCCGCCCAAGCUCCGCAUUCGGUGUCAACCCGAAUCUUCGCCAAAAUGGUCCUCCGGGUCCCGGAUAUGGUGGGCCACCAGGACAGCCGGGAGGUCGCAGCCCGACCUACGGCCCUGGUGGGCCCGGUGGUCCUCCUGGUGGUCCUCCUGGCGGUCCUCCUGGCGGUGCUCCUGGCAUGAAUUACCGCCAGCAUAGCCCGGGUGGUCUCAGUGGCCCAACCAGCCCCCAGUCCGUGAACAUGAUGAGCCCCAGCGGCACGCCUCGAUUGGACAUCGGGUACUCUGCCCCUGUUCCACCUCCAGGUGCGGACCGUCGUCGUCCUGCACGUCUCGACUCUGCUCCGCCAGACCGCAAGCCCGUGCGAACUCCCGUCUCUGGCCAUGGCCCUGGUCCUGGCCCUCUGCCCUCGCCUCGUCACCCUACAUCGCCUAGGCCAAUCGGUUCCCCUCAAUCUGCCAACUUCCCUCCGCGCAACGAGUCGCGCCAGCCAUCUAGAAGCUCGGCUUCGUCAACGCCACAGCCACCGGUGGGCCCACUACCUGCACAGCAGCCGCCCCAGCAGCAGCAGCCUAAGCCUGCUGCGCCACCAUCCAAGGGCCCCAAGACGUUUGAGGAAAUGGGUGUCCCCAGUGCGAAGAACGACAGCGAUUGCAUAAUAAUGUAAUUGAUACCCCGGACGCUGUUCGUUCUCGACUGAAACCACUUUCCCUCCUUGGCCAUCCCAUACAUAUCUGUGGGCGUACCCAUUUUGCCAUAUUUUGGUCUUUUUACUUUCCAACAUUACCUCUUCAUUUCUUUGCCGUUUUUUUUUUUUUUUUUUUUUUUUUUUUUUUUUUUUUUUUUUUUUUUUCUUUCCUUCGUUUUCUUAUACCUUCUUGUAAUCCGGGGGCCUUCUCAAAAUUACAUCUGUUGACUGGGGGGUGAAUCGGUCCUACUGAUUUUGCGUUUUCCCCCGAAUCUCUUUCCCACAUAUUUGCAUUUACGCUCCGGAUAUCUUGGCUGCCCUGGGCCCUUUGGACAUAUGGUUAUUAGGCUGUUUUGAUUUUUUAGAGAUGAGAUGUAGUCUUUCAUGAGAAGCGUUCAAAAUGCAUUCGUCUAGUUGUGCUGUGUAUUCUUAUUUUCAUCGAUAUGAAUCGUGUGUAGAGGAUUCGCUUCUGGCGUGGUGUGUCUUCUUUUGGACACCUCCCCUCAUCUUCUUCAAUUUCCGUCCCAACUCUCACCUCCAAUCCGAGGCCACUCGACUAGGCCUUUGCCAAAAUCACCACCAGCAUGGCACCUCGCAAGGAAAAGGGCGACAAAGUGGCUCGGACUGAUGGUGUGUUUGUGGAGCUUGACUAGCGUUGCGAGGAUUGAAUACUAACGAGGUGUUAAGAUGCCACUCUGAUUCUGGAUUACCUACGUGAGUUCUUCCGGUGCCCUUGUAUCUGCUUGAUCAUUAGAAUCUUAAUGCGGUUGCAGGUGAACAAAAGUCUGUCAUCCUGACCCUUUCCGUGUGAAGUAUUAACGCUGACUCGCCGAUUGGUACGGCACAGUCGUCCCUACUCGGUAUGUACUCUGGUCCCAACAUAUUUCGAGUCAGAAAUAGCUGAGUUCGUUGACUGUAGGCGAUUGAUG